UCACCUCGAGGACCCGGACCCGAAUCCGAAGCCGAAUCCGGCCCGGACCCGGACCCGACAGCAGCCUGCGGGACACCUGAAGCGUCGCGGGUUCGAGUCCCUCCGAAAAGAACGUGCGCUCCCGCCCGUCCAUGUACAAGAUGGAUUACUCGUACCUGAACACGUACGACUCGUGCAUGGCCGCCAUGGAGGCGUCGGCCUACGCGGACUUCAGCUCGUGCAGCCAGGCCAACAGCUUCCAGUACAACCCGAUCCGCAGCGGCUUCGGAGCCAACCCCGGCUGCCCCCCCCUGAGCACGGCGAGCUGCACGCUGGGGGCGCUGCGGGAGCACCAGCCGGCGCCCUACUCCACAGUUCCCUACAAGUUCUUCUCGGACCCGUCGGGUCUGAACGAGAAGCGCAAACAGCGGCGCAUCCGCACCACGUUCACGAGCUCGCAACUGAAGGAGCUCGAGCGCGUGUUCGCCGAGACUCACUACCCGGACAUCUACACGCGCGAGGAGCUCGCGCUCAAGAUCGACCUGACGGAGGCCCGCGUGCAGGUUUGGUUCCAGAACCGACGCGCCAAAUUCCGGAAGCAGGAGCGCGCGGCCAACGCGAAGGGGGGCGCCGCUAGCGGGGGCGGCGGCGCGAACGGCAGCGGCGCGAGCGCCAAGAAGGGCGAGGCGAGGUCUUCGUCCGAGGACGACGAGUCCAAGGAGUCGACGUGUAGCCCGACCCCGGACAGCACGGCCUCAUUGCCCGGCUCCGGCAACAUGGGCAGCCCAGGGGGCAGCCUGAGCCCCAGUCCAGUGUCGGCGGCCAGUGGCGGCGGCGGCUUCGUCAGCGCCGCCUCGCCCUCUGUGCACCAAGGUCUCAAGACCUCCGGCUGGUCCUCCAUCGGCUCAGCGCCCACCGGCGUGACCCCCGCUGCCCCCCAGGGCUCCGAGCUGCUGAAGGCCUGGCAGCCCGCGGACAGCAUGGCGGGGCCCUUCGCGGGGGUCCUGUCCACGUUCCACCGGAAGCCCACCGCCCUGAAGACGAACCUCUUCUAGAACACCCGACCGACUCCACCGCCCUCCCCCCGUCUGAGCUGGACUCCUCUUAUUUAUUAACAUAGGACUCUAAAACCGCGGGUGGGGCUGCGCGCGCGCGUCUUUCGGGGCUUUUUUGGGGUGUCCGAGAAGACAGAGACGUGUCCGCCUUCUUUGUGUUGCUGUUUCAUCGAAGUACGUCGCUGCCUGAGGAAGCGAACCCACAGGGGCCGCCGCCAUGAUUUUACACAGACACGGGGCCACUCGCUGAGGCGCCGCCGAGCUCUGCUUUUUUCAGCCAUUCCCUUCUGAACUCUUAAUUGCUUACACGCGUGUACAAAAGUGAAGAAAAACACACAUACACACACAUAAGCACAACUUCGUUCGGUCGCACACACGUGAAAAGCCCACUACAACACAGCCGCACUGCCGACGUUCUGACUUACGCGGUGUCGCCGCGCAGUUUCCCUCCCGCCA